AUGAAAGAAAAAAGACAAUGCGGUGACGAGGCCCGGUUUCGAACCUGUAACGAGAUGCACUGUCAACCCGAAGGUACCCUCGGAUUUCCAGGAGCGUCUGCAAAUUCAUUCCUGCGGCGCAGCCAGAGGGAAAACAACAAAACGCAUUCAUCCUUCCGAGAGGACGUUAUCUCUGCAAGGAAACCUUUGGUGCGAGGACUGAAAGACGUGGCGCUGGUAGCGAAGGAGAAGCUGAGACUGAGGUGCAAAUCGCGAGGAAACCCGCCUCCGCAAAUCUCAUGGUUUAAAGACGGCAGCCCGAUCACCGAACGCAGGGGAAUCAGAAUACGCGCCAAAAAGAAGCGAUCGACGUUGACGAUCCGUCGAGUGGCUUCAGAGGACGCCGGUCUGUACGAGUGCAGAGCGUCAAACGUGCUUGGAGAAGCGUUCGCAACGGCCCGGGUUCGCGUCCGGCCGAAACCCGGACCCCUAACGUCUCCAAGUGUCACGCCGAAACCCCAGACGUCGACGGCCGUCAAACUCGGUUCGACAGCUUUUCCGUGGCCGGAGCAGCCGUGCCCGAUUUCGUCAUUCUGUCUCAACGGCGGCUCGUGUAUUUAUUACCAAUGGCUCGGAGAGUUUGCUUGCCAGUGA